AAAAAAAAAGAGGCGGUGGUUGCUGCUGCUGCUGCUGCCUGGCCGCGAGAACGAGCUGGCCGCCUGGCCGCGCCCUAGUCGAGAAUGGCGGUGGAAGCGGCGCUGGCAGCGGUCGGAGGGAGAGACGGGGCCGAGCAGGUCCUGAGCCGCUUCAACGAGCAGAAUAGGGCUACUUUUAAAUUUGAGUCAUCAGAUGAAGAAAAAAGAAAGCAACUAUGUGAGGGAAUAUUGCAAGUAUUAAGCAAAGAUAUAAACACAUCCUAUAGAGUCACUUGUCUAGAAGCUCUUCGCAUUCUCUCAAGAGACAAGAAAGUCUUAGUUCCUGUAACAACAAAGACCAACAUGCAAACCUUGAUGAAGCUAGCAAAGCUGGAUACUUUGGAAGAUAAUUUGGAGGAUGUGACUGAUUUUCCUGUCAUAGUGGAAGCUUUAAAAUGCCUUUGCAACAUUGUUUUUAAUAGCCCAGCUGCCCAGAAACUCAGCUUAGAACUGAACUUGGCAGCUAUGCUUUGCAAUCUUCUGAGAAAGUGCAAGGACCAGCAAUUUGUGGAAGACAUUAAGUGCUUUGAUCUACGACUCCUCUUCCUCCUUUCCCUCCUGCACACAGAUAUCAGAUCCCAGUUGCGCAAUGACCUCCAGGGAUUGCCCCUGUUGACUCAAGCCUUGGAAAGUGCAUUUAGCAUAACCUGGACAGAUAAGUACAUCACAGCUGAAGACCAAGAAAUGUCACCAUUGUCUCUUCAAGAAACGGAUUGUGCCAUUGAAGCACUGAAAGCUCUCUUUAACGUUACUCUUGACAGCUGGAAUGUGCACAGUGAGAAUGAUUCCCAUGAAUUUCGUUAUAUGACUGCCAUUCUGCGUCAUUGCUUAUUGACCCUGGGCCCUACUGAAGAUAAAACUGAAGAAUUACACAGCAAUGCGAUCAACCUGUUAAGCAACGUUCCAGUCUCUUGCUUGGAUGUCCUUAUCAGUCCCUCAACUCAAGAAGAGGCAAAGGAAACUGAUGUGAAAUACAAUGGCAUGAAUAUGGAUGCUAUUCAGGUGCUUUUGAAGUUCAUGGAGAAGAGAAUUGACAAGGGGAGCAGCUAUAGGGAAGGCCUCACUCCAGUGCUCAGUUUACUAACAAGAUGCUGCCGGUCCCAUCGGAACAUUAGGAAGUUUAUUAAAGCUCAGGUGCUGCCUCCUUUGAGAGAUGUUUCUAAUCGUCCUGAAGUGGGCACAACACUGAGAAACAAAUUAGUGCGUCUAAUGACUCACGUUGAUCUGGGAGUGAAGCAAAUUGCUGCAGAAUUCCUUUUUGUUCUUUGUAAAGAGAGAGUUGACAGCUUGUUGAAGUACACUGGAUAUGGCAAUGCAGCAGGCCUGCUGGCUGCCAGGGGCCUCUUAGCUGGAGGAAGAGGAGAAACCUGGUACUCAGAUGAUGAAGAUACAGACACGGAGGAAUAUAAAUCUGCAAAGCCAAACAUUAACUUAAUUACAGGUCAUUUAGAAGAGCCAAUGCCUAACCCAAUGGAUGAAAUGACUGAGGAACAAAAGGAAUAUGAAGCAAUGAAACUGGUCAAUAUGUUUGAUAAGCUUUCUAGGGACAAAGUUAUAACUCCCAUGGGGGUCCGACCAGAUGGCACCAUGACGCCUUUGGAAGAAAUAGUCUGUCAGCAUCAAGCCAAUGAGCAUGAAACUUCAGAUUCUGACUAAAAUAUCAGCUAUUUCACAUUCUUUCACUCAUUUUCCUUUACGCGUGGCAUUGUUCAUUAUCUGAAUGUUAAAGCACUGUUGCAACUGUUUUAUAAAUCGAAAUGUUUAAAUUAUAAAUUAUGUGGUGUACUUAUUAGCAUUUCUAAGAUACCAGUUUAUAUAGCAACAAGAAAUAACAUUUAUUAACGUCAAGGUAACUGUGUUUAAUAUAAGAUGAAAAAUGUGGUGUAGAAUUGAAAAGAUUACAAUGUUGUUCUUUAGCUUUGAAAUCAACCCUGUUAAGAGUAAUUCAUGCAAUAGGAAAGUAGAAGGUGUUUUAAAGCCCUUCAAGCAUAGCUUCUGUUUUUUUAAAAAAACAAAUCAGUGUUUUUCACGUAAUUAUAAUAGGUUUGUACUGCUUUUUAUGUUUUAAAGGUACUCUAUUUCCUUGUUUUGAGGACUGAAAUAGAAUAUCUAGAUUUUAAAAUUACGUGAAAUCUUUAAAAUGAUGAUUAAACUAUCACUUUAAAGAAACAGCUAUCUAUCAGAUGCCUUUGAUUUAUUAUUGGUUGUUUUCUUAUUUCCUAUUAUUUUGCCCUUUAUUUCCAUUCCUGAGGGAUGCUGAAUUUUGAUGAAUCAAUGUCUUUUUACCAUUAAAUUAUAUAAAUGGAUUCAGUGUUUUUAUACAGGUAAAACUGCAGGUUCACACAGAUCAUUAUUUUGUCCUCAAAUCCAGUUCGGAAAACAGUUUUGUCCCCUAUAUUUGCAGGACAGCUGCUGAAAUGGCUAGUUCAUAAAUUCAGUAUGAACCUACACCAAUCCUAGUACAGUCUCAACCCUGUCACUAGUUAUGGGCUUGUUAAUAAUGGAUAGCCACUCUUCAAAAAGUUAUAUAAAGUUUAAGACUAGGCCAAUACUGUAUUAAAAAUUCCUUUUGGAAAAAAAUAUAGAUACAAUAAAAAUUUUAUAAUAUGAGGAAACAAGCAAUUUGUCCCGAACUGUGUUAAUGUCAGAACAAUUUAGCUCUGUAACAAAUAUGAAAAUAUAUUGCAAUCUCUCAAUAAAACUUUAUAUACAAUGUAA